UGUUUCUCUCUCGCUCGCUCGCUCGCUGUCUCAAGGAGUUUUCUGCCAUUGCCGCUGCUCCUCUCACUGUCGCUACUUGGACUACGACCCGGCGGCAUUGUACUUUGUUUAUAGUGCAAGCUUUGAGACGUUCGUUAGGAGGAUAUUAUCAGUCCCGAGGUCUUAAUUAUUUCCCGACGACCCAUUGAGAUUGAGGAUAUAUAGACAUCAUGAGAAGUUAUAGCUGGAGAGGCCUGGUGGCUGCUACCUUGGGGUUGUGCAGUGUGGGAGUUCAUGCGCAGGGAACCAUCACGGAUCUGGGAUCUCUGUUAGCGGGUCAGAAGAACUUGACAACUUUCUACAGUCUGAUACAGAAAUAUCCUGAUAUUCUUUUACAAUUACCAUCAUAUUCGGGUGUCACGAUCCUCGCCCCGAAUAACGAUGCCUUCAAUAAGAUUCCUUACACGCAAUUGAACUCGGCAUUUGCCAACAACGACCAAGAUACCAUCACAAACGUCCUCGAAUACCACAUCCUGCAGGGAACAAAGGUGGCAGCACAAUUAGUGCCUGGUACACCAGUAUUCCUUCCAACACUGUUGACCGACUCGAAAUGGAGCAAUGUGACUGGAGGACAGCGAGUAGAGAACGUUGAGCAGUCAGGAAAUGUGGUUGUGUUCGUCAGUGGGCAAGGAAGCAGAAGUACUCUGGUGCAAGCAGAUCUAAUGUUCACCGGCGGCGUGGUCCAAAUCAUCGACUCCCUUCUCAUCCCUCCCACCGCCAUCGAAAACACAACCCAAGCCUUCAACCUCACCUCCUUUGAAGGCUCCCUCUACGCCUCCAACCAACUCCCCACCUUCUCCGUCCCCAACGUAACCAUCUUCGCCCCCAACAACGAAGCCUUCCAAGCCCUCGGCCCCGCCCUCACUACCAUGACCGCCGAGGAGCUCGCCACAGUCAUGGACUACCACCUCAUCUCCGGCUCCGUAAUCUACUCCACCGCCCUCACAAACGGCACCAAGCUCGCCACCCUCUCAGGAGAAAACAUCACCGUCUCCCACUCCGGCAACAACGUCUACAUCAACAGCGCCCAGCUCCUGACGACCGACAUCCUGAUCGCCAACGGCGUUCUCCACGUCAUCUCCAACAUCCUGAACCCGCAAGGUCCAGGCGCGCAACCUAACCCCGCCAUUGCAUCGCAGGGCCAGGUCUUCGCUUCCGCGUCCGACGUCGCCAAUCUGCCCUUCACGAGCGCGAUUCCGUGUACGAGCAGCUGUCCGGUGACGAGCACGACGGCCAGCAGCAGCACGGCGACGACGGCGGCGACGAAGAGUAGUUCGAGCGCCGCGGCGUUUACGACGAGUAGUAGUAAAGGGGUGGGAGCUGCGUUGGCGAGGGAGACGGGCGGGUUUAAUAAGGCGGCGGGGUUGAUGGUUGCGCUUGGGGGUGCGGUUAUGAUGCUUUGAUUUAUUGGUUGAGCGAGUUUGGAUUUUGGAUUUGGGUUUGAAUUCGAUGGCGAUGUAGCGUGUUUUGCUAUUUAUACCACUAUGGAGCGAGGAUGCUCUUUUGAAAGGG